AUGAAAGCCAACUUGCUAUUCUGUUACUCCCUCUUGGGAGUAGCCCUUGCGGUAACAUGCCCUGACGAUACUGGAGUCAACGGUUAUGCUACCGUCAAAGGCGGCACAACUGGAGGUGGGACUGCCACAGCUAUAACCGUCACCAACUUGGCCGACUUCAAGUCCAAUGCCGCAGCCUAUGGCAGUCGCGUCAUCAUCGUCAAGGGCACAAUAGAUACUGGCUCCGCCAUUAACGUUGCAAGUGACGAGACCAUUAGAGGCUAUGAUAAAAGCGCCACCAUUAUCGGAGGAUUCUCCAUGAACGAGGUCUCAAACAUUAUAUUUCUCUCUCUGUCUGGCCAUCUGUUUGAGGGUGAUAAGCUGUAG